CACGUCGGCUUCGGAUCCCUAUUCUCUUUGUUGUUCCAUAAUUCCGAUGGAAACUUAAACAGAAUUUGUGUCCAAUAAAAAGAAAUAAAUUAACAAUAAAAUUCAGUAAAAAUUUAUAUAUUGUAAUUUAGUUAAAUUACGUAAACCAUUUUCAAGCGUAAUCUGUGUAAAUACCUAUUUUAAUUGCAAAAUUAGAACUCUCCAUUCAUUCAUUGUUGUUCGUUUUCACUGCUCUCCCUUUUUUGUUUAUUCUACAUUAUAUACAUACCUACAUAUGUACAUAUAUAUGUAUGUACAUUGUAUGUAAGUAAAUGCAACGAGACAGCAACUACAUCAAAUGUGAUUGACUCUCCGGGUGGGAUUUUUGUGCAACUAUAUGUAAUUUAAUUAAAAAUAUUUAAAGCUUUUUUUUGUGCUAAAAAAAAUUAUAACUAAAAAUUAUAAUAAUUAAAGUUCCAAUGAGAAUAUAUAUGACGAAGUUCUUAAAUCUAAAUCACAAUAACAUUCUUUAAACUAAUGAUACAUACGAAAAUGCAUAUACACAACAACAACAACAAUAAUACAACAUCAUAAUAAAAAAGUUAAAUUGAAUACAAAAAAUGGAAUAAAAUAAAAAAUAACAACAAAAAAAGUGCCUCAAUGUAUUGUACACGAAGAUUAGGAAAACAAGAAACAAUUUUCUCUUUAUGUCAGGAUAUAUAAAUUUUUGAAAGACGAAUAUAAAUUACAGCCGCACAAGAAUGGAAAAGGCCAAAGCAUAUAUAAAAAAUGAAUUAAAAAGUGCUAAUUCACAACAACUACAACAAUCGCAGCAGCAGCAUACUGAACAUUCAGUGGCAUCAUUGGCACGUCCAACAUCAGCAAAUCAACAACAGCAGCCGCAGCAACAAUUUAACUUAAAUCAAUCUCAAUAUUUUCAACAUUCGCCGCAUGGCAGCAAUAGGCAAACUUCACCGCCUCCAGUUCAAUCACGACAGCAGACAGCAAGUACAGAUGGACAAGAUUUGAUUCCGUUGUGUUAUGUUUGCGGUGGUCAGGGUGGCUACGAACCAAUUAGGAUUAGGCCCAACUAUGAAAGACCGUCCGAAUCGUACUUUCCAUUUUUGGAAAGGCAUGAACCUCCUGUGGGUGUACAGCAGGUGACGUCCAGUCAAAUGUACGCUAUGGCCUGUAACCUCUGUUAUCGCUCUCUAAAUGAACAAUGGGAUGCAUACGAAAGGGAGAAAAAACCACAUAUACAACGAAUUUAUCAUAUGAAAAGGAUUGAUAACAAACCUUAUAUAGGCGCCGAUAUUGCAACACAGGGAGAAUAUGCCGCCCAGAUGUUAGGAUUAAGUGCAGAGCAUCUUGCCCAAUCUAGUAUGGGAUCAGAUAGUCAACAAUAUUCCUCCCAAGUAUCAUACGGAUAUCAAAGAACUUCACGGGACCCUAUUAAUUACCGAAAUGAAGCGCCUUAUCUUGUACAUCCUACAACCUCCCAUCAACAGACGCACUCCCUUCAGGGGGCCACUUCGAGAAAUUCGUCACCAUCUCCUGCACCGAAUAUGUCUCAAGAUUACUAUGCAAGAAAUUCUCCCAUGUCAACAACGAGAAAUCAAAGUGAGAGACCACACUCUUCUAGCAGGCCACAAUCCCGAGAAGGUGGUAAUCAUCAAAUAACUUCACCUUCCUCGAGGCCGUCAAGUGUACAGGGCAGUGCCUAUGAAACACUAAAUAUUAAACCAUCAUCCUAUGCCCAUCAUAAGCUUAAAUUGGGUCAACUCUCCUAUUCAAACUCGGUCAUACAUAACACAUAUGCCAAUGCACAACAACAACUUUCGACAGCGCAUUAUCCCUCACACAACUUUCAAAUGGAUCAUAUGGCUGCACAGCAGCAAUUGCAACAACCAAGCCAUAAUUUUCAAAUAUUUAAACAAAACACUGCAAUGUCACCUAGUGACUCCCCGGCAGCUGCCCCACAACGAACGCCUUUAUCUAGUCCAUUCGGUGCAGACUAUUUAGCGUCUCGCGAAACAGAAGAUGUCUUAGAUUUGCGUAAUACGUCAAAUAUAAGAUCUUCCAUGACACCAAAAACGCCAACUCCAAUUGCUACACCAACUCCUAUCAACUCUACAGUUCCCUCAACUUCGCAGGUAAACAGCAACCAAUCAAGUACGUCUAUGGAAGUUGGAAUUUUAGAUCUUUCCAUGCCUGAUAAAAACUCGACCACAGAAGUCUGCUACGCUUGUGGUGAUGAACAGAGAAGGGGUAGUUUGAUAGAAAUCAGUACCCUCAAAUCAAAAGAUGAUAAAAUUGAUCGUCCAUAUUUUCCAAUUUUUUACGACAUGCACCCGCGACCGGCCCGUUCACGACCCAUGGAUCCCAGAGGUAUGAUACAGGCCUGUCACUUGUGUUAUGAACAUUUAAUAAAACAAUGGCAUCAUUACAAGACUAAUCAAAUUCCGGAAAAUGAACGUAAUUACUAUUUACGUAAAAAACCAGCAUCAGCGGUGGAACGUGCAAAGUUUGUUUGCUAUACAUGUGGUGUCGAUACACCAUCCUCUCAAUUAAGACUUGUCUAUUGUUGUCCUAAUGCUGAACGAGAACCAUACUAUCCAUUUAUACAAACAAUGACAGCUUACAAAAAUGCCAGUCCAAUUAGUCCCCAAGGAAUGGUUCAAAUUUGCUUUACUUGCUAUGAAAAACACUCUAGUCGCGCAGAGGGAAUUCAACAUUCAACAUUAGUUGCUUCGUCUGCUGAAAAGCCAUCCGAAAAUAAUUCCAAUCAUUCGUCUACGCAUCAACCACGAGAUAUAAAAACUUUAAGAAACAAUGAUUCACGACCAACAACACCCACACUUCAAGUGGGAGGAACACAACAACAACAACAACAACUACAGCCUCAAAUUGAAAAUGGACAUGGACAAUAUCCAUGUUACAUAUGCAAAACUUUAUGCGCUUCCAAUAAAAUGGAGUGGUUAUCCACAAGUGCUGAGCACAUGAAUUCCCACGCUAUGCAUUUUCCUUGUCUUAAAGGCAACACAAGUUCGAAUUCAAACAAUAGUAAUAAUAAUGGACGUGAUAACAAUAUAAGCAGUAGCAGCGGGUCUGCCGUUAAUAAUGAUCCAAUUGGCAAUAGAGUGUUGGCGUGUAAAGAUUGUGUGAAUCACUUGGCGCGCCAAUGGGAGUCUAUGGAUGCAGAGAGAGUACCAUUAGAACACAGAAGAUACGACAUUCCUUCUCCAGUAAUUACCUCUUCAUCGCCGAAUGGCUCAAGACAUGGAGGUCUGAGUAUUAAUACCCCGCCAUCUACACCAUCGGUUUCUUCAACACCAGCUACGUCCACAUCAAUAUAUUGUUUUUUAUGUGGUUUACAUUCAGAUUUAACCUUGGCUAGAGUUUUAUAUGCCAGUAAAGAGGGCUCAAGACCAUAUUUUCCUUUUUUACUAAAACACAGUUCCUUGCCAAAAGCCGAGCAGUUACGGCCAGAUUAUUCAGCCUAUGUUUGUACCUUUUGCUAUCAUUCUCUACUGAAACAGUGGCGAAAAUUUGAAUCGCAAAAUCCUUCUAUAAAUGCAGUAGACCGCAAAUAUAAUUGGCACGAUUAUAUUUGUCAUUUGUGUGGCAUAACCACUUAUAGAAAACGGGUUAGAGCUUUGCCUGUUAAUGAAUUUCCAUUUGUAAAAAAUCGAAAAAGUGAAGAUGGUCUAUUAUUAGAAAAUGGCGAAUAUGCAGUCGUCUGUUUAGAUUGUUAUGAAUCUUUAAGGCAACAAGCUUCACAACAUGAUCGUUUUGGUGUUCCAAUAUCUAAACGUGCAUAUAAUUGGGUUCCACAACCCCCACCACCCGAAGAUAGCCCAGAUGUGGCAGUCGCGCGUUUACCUUGUGGCGAACGUUCAGACAGAGUUCCAAUUAACACUGCCAUGAGACCAGUUGCCUCAGCUAAAAAGAAUAGUUCACCCAAACUAUAUGACAAGUCUAGAGAUGUGCCACCUAAAACUACCCAGAAACGACCAGCUACUAGUCCAGCUCCUGUAGUGCCUACACCGCACCACUUACAAUCUCCGUCAACGCCAUCUGCCUCAGCUGGCAAUGCGACAAAUGUUGCACAAUCACAGUCAUCCGCAGCAAAUAUAAAUCAUAAUUUAGCUAGCAAUCACCUUAGCGCUCAUUCACCUUCUUUGACCCAACAACAACACCAGGCACAUCAACAUGCUGUUGCUGCGGCAGCAGCUGCUGUACAAGUUCAGCAGCAAUUGGCAAAUGUGCCAGGAGCUUUAAAUAGCGCUGCAGCGCAAGCUCGUGGACCAUUUGCAUCAGCUUUACGGAAUCUUGCGAAGCAAGCAGACAUUAAGGAGGAAGAGGAGGUUUCUUCACGAGAGAGAAACGAACGUAACGCAGCACCAGCUGUAGCAGCCCCCAGUCUAGGUGGAACUAGUACGAGUGUUUCGAUUUCUUCGAAUCCAAAUGUUAAUAGUAGAACUUCAAUUUCAAAUGAACGAAUUGGGAGCUCAUCGUUGCCGCAGACUGUAACUAAUGAAGAUCGUUCGUCAGUAGCUAAGAAGCGUUCAGCACCCUCACCGCAGCCAGCAGAGAAGAUAGCUCGUCUUAAUUCCCAAACCAGUUCUGGUAUACAGCCAGAGUUAUUGGCUAGAAGCGGCUUCCAACCAUACCGAUCAGAUGAAAGACUUAUACAUCCCGCGGGUGCUUUUCCUUUGGACGCUUAUUCCCCAUUUGCAGGAAUAACAGGCAUGCCACCAGGAGCCUUCUUAAAUCCAGCUGGUCUACCUUACACAGAUCAAAUGUAUUUGGACCAGCGCUUUCAGUUACUAAGAGCAGCAGGAGCACAUCCUUCCCAUCCUCAUGCUGCUCUAUAUCCUCCAAUGGCAUCGCCGUACGCUUCUCAUUUGUAUUCUAUGAUUCCUAGUGCUGCUUUGGGACUUGGCCCUAGUUUACAUGACCGUAUAAAACUGGAGGAAGAGCAUAGAGCUCGGAUAGCUCGAGAAGAGGAACGCGAACGAGAAAUCCAACGAGAAAAAGAAAGAGAAAUUCGAGAAUUGCGAGAGCAGAGAGAAAGAGAACAGCGCGAAAAGGAGCAAAGGGAACGUGAGCAGCGGGAAAAAGAACAAAGAGAAAAGGAGCUGAAGGAAAAAGAGGCAAGAGAAAGAGAAAUGCGCGAAAAAGAGAGGGAAGCUAGAGAAAGAGAACGCCAACAAUUAAUUUCUGCUUCCCAUCACUAUUCGAAUCCUUUGUAUCCAUUAGGCAGAAAUAUUCUUGGAUCUAUGAUACCACAUUUAAAUUUAGGACUGCGAGCACCCCCUGCAGGACUUCAGGCCUGCAUCUCAAACAUGUCUCCCUAUCAUGUAACUAACCAAAGACAAAGUCCUCAUGGGGCAAUGGGUUUGAACCUAGGGUUGCCGGGGUUACCCGGAGUCUCACCACUAUCCCACGUGCCCUCUAAUAUGCCGCAUCAUCUGCAACAAGCUGCACUCGGUCUAACUCAUCCCGGAUUCUCAGCUGCAGCUUUAGGUUUAGCCCACCACAGUAUGAACUUGACCCAUCCACACAUGUCUCCGCAUCAUCCUACAAUAACGUCCACCCAUCAAUUGGCACCUCACUCUACUGCAAUGCUCACAACUUCCGCAGGAUCUUCUCCACAUGGGAACCUAAACGUAGUUAGUUCGAGCACUUCAAUAUCAGCCAGACAGUCGGAGUCAAAUAUGAUAACUUCUUCAGCACCUACCGUUCAGGCUAGCGGCAGUAUAGUCCAACCAACGACUUCGUUGUCCACUCAUAUGUCUCCAAUGAGCAGUUCAUUAUACUACAGUCAUCACCCCAGUCAUUUAGCAGCCAUGCAUGCAGCAGCCACAGGUUCUUUGUCAGCAGCUUCAAAUCAAAAUAGCACUUCAUUGCAGAUUCCAAUGCCAGGAUCCGUAAACCCAUUGUCAUUUUCCACUGCCGUUAUGCCGGGAAAAAUAACAACAUCUACUGCAGUGUCAUCCGGCGGUGCCCAAAACGGAAGCCUUAACAGUAGAACUUCACAUAGUCCACACGCUAUGCGGCAUCACAUAGCAAAUGUCGUACCACAGGCAACAGCAAUGGAUAAGCCGAAUACAACAAGCAUCUCAAACUCUAUACAUGAACCAACAACAUUGGACUUAACCGGAUCUAAUUCAAAUUCAAGCAAUCAUGCCCCUUCAACUGUCAGUAAUACGGAAUCGGUGCGAGCUACAAAUCUUCAAAUACCUUCAAACGAAAUAAAUGGAGUAGAUAACAGCAACGAUGCCGCAAAAGAUCAGGAGGAUUCUUCAAAGGCAGAGAUGCAUUUAAAUGAAAAGAAACCACCGUCUUCACCAACAACGACAACGACCAUAGCCAACACACCAUGCAGUGGCAACAAAGAGCUGUCAGAGGCUGAUCAGCAACCUAGUCCUAGUACAACUGAUGUACAAAAUCGCCGGCACAGCAGUCCCGGCCAAGGUAAAAUUUCAGGUUCUUACACCUCCUCCAAUACUUCUAUUAACACUGAACAACACCAGCAGCUGGUUAAAGAAGUGAAUCUAACAUGUGGUAAAGACUUUCCAAAGGUAUCAGUGUCGAAUCACGGUAUUAAAGCAACACACACUAAAAAUUCUGAAAUCUCCCAAAGUCACCCAUCGCCUCAACCUACUUCUCCUAUUAUUGUGGAUAGCGGCAAGAAUUCCAAACUACCACCAAUACCUCUAGCAACUGCACCUCCCAGUUCUGCUACAACAACUUCUAAUUCUACUUCUACCUCUAACAAAACGUUCAAGACCCAAACGGACUUCCAACAGCUACAGUCUACAACCGAACAACCACCACCACAACCAACACUACACCCACAGCCCCCACCACCGACUGGGGCAAUUAGCACAUCGGCAAACCCUCGAUCCUCACAGUCUGGUGCAGCCAAUCAAUCACCGGAAGUUGUAUCCACAUCUGGUGUCACUUCAACCACAAGUGGUACAACCUCACCACCCGUGGUGAGUAGCAGCACCAAUAUUGCCGGCUCUUCGCCACAAACGAAUUGUAUCGAUGAGGCUGCUGUCUCCAGUGCUACACCCACCACCUCAGUUCAGGCUGAGGUGAGUAGUAGGUGAUUGUAUGUAAAUCAAACGAGAUUUAUAUUCUUUCUAUUACAUACAUUUUAUCACUUAUUAACCCGACCACCAACAUUUGCACACAAUAUAAAGAAAAGAAGCCCAAACAUCGUUGCCUAUUAUUUAUGAAAAUGUUAUUCAUACUCGCGUUACAUCACUUUAAAAGCAAUUAUAAGGUUUCUCUUGCCUUUAUUCCGUCGUAAUUGUUGUUAAUCGUGAUACAAUUAAUAUUAAAUUCAUUAAAACGAUAAUAUGAUUACAAAUGGUGGAUAUUAUAUUGAUUUGAAUAGAUUUUUUCACAUCAAAUUAAAAUUAAUAUGAAUUACUACGGGGUUUCAGACGAGACAUUUGAACAUUCAAUGAAAAUGGAGAACAACUUAUUGUGUCCUUAAAACUGUUUAAAAGAUUUAGUGUUUUUAUUUUAUUAUUUUUCUGUUAUUAUUACAAUAUUAUUAUUAUUAUUUUGCUUAACAAAAUUAUAAACACUGAUGUACAAUUUUAAUAUAAUUUUCUUAAUACAUACAAAUAUAUUAAUUUUUAGUUUGUUAUAAUUUUUACAUUUUCUCACCUAAUUCAACAACUGCUUACUUCAUUUGUAAUAGUUUAAUGAAAAAAAUAUAUAUAUAUUUGGAGAACAAUUAAUUUACAUACAUACGAUUAAGUUUCCAUGAAAACACAAAACUUAUCCUAACAAUAAAGAAGUUGUAGCUACUAUUACUUUAUUUUAUUCAUGUGGUUCUAAAAGAAGACGAAGAUGAUAAACUUUUCUUUUUAUCGAUUGCAUCGAUUUUCAUCUAAAUUAAGAAAAAUCAAAAUGUAUUUUAUUUUUAUUAUUUGUUAAGUUUUUUUUUUUUGCUUUAAACGAGUUGUAUUCAUAGUGCAUUAUGUUAACACAAUAAAAUGAUUAUAAACAUAUAAAUAUAAACAAACACACAUAGAUAUACGUAUAUAUCGAAUGGAGUAUGUAAAGAAAAAUAUCCAAUUGCAAAUUUAAUCGUGAAUAAAUGUUUUGAAUUAUUAUAAUUUCAA